UGAGAUAGUUUUAAUGCCAAUUAGUUUGGAAUAUGAAUACAACAGAGCUUGUGGUUUGCCCCACAUACCACUUGGUAUAUAAGGCCCUGUGCAGACUAUAAAAUUAAAACUCUUGAAACUAACUCUACCCUUCAACUGAGACUCCUUCUUCUCACAUAAUGAGCUUCUACAACAACUACUAUGGUGGCCUGGGCUAUGGCUAUGGUGGCCUGGGAUGUGGCUAUGGAUGUGGCUACGGUGGCUAUGGAUGUGGCUAUGGUGGCUAUGGAUAUUCUUGCUACCGCCCAUGCUGCUGUGGAAGAUACUGGUCUUCUGGCUUCUUCUGAGUAGUUCUAGAUGGCUAAUUGGUACGGGAUGUUCUCUGAUGAGGCAUCAUGUGUACCUCCUGCACUAAUUAUAACAAGGAUGUUCUAGUUUGUUCAACAAUCAUUACUGAAUUUUAGACUACCAUGCAACAUCAGAUCUUUUUCGAUGGAACAGCCUGAGUUUCCAACAAUUUAGAAAUUUAUUCAUUUAAUCCAUGUUAAUAUUAUAUGAUUGAAU